UAGCUGCUGAAGUAUCAAAGGCCAGAAAGCUUUUAAAAGGGAAGCACACAUAAGCAGGAAAUGACCAGGAUUCAUUGAUCUGAGGUUGCGGUGCCAAGUGGGAUGGAGGAUCAUAAGAUUGACAUUAUUAUAAAAACUGUAGCAACAGGAAACCCUCCAAGAAUGAUGCUUCCUCAUAUGGCUGAACUGCAAGAUUAACCAACAACAUUAUGAUAACAAUAACCUCGCUGUCUUUAACCAGUUGGAUUUAAAAGUGAUGUAGACACAAGAUGAAGAACGUCAUGGGCCGGAGCAGCCGCACCACGUCCCACAGCGCUGCAGUGGUGGUGCUGUGCCUUUCUGUGUUGCUCCUUGCCAAUGUCGUGAUCUAUCUGUACGUGGACUCCCUGUAUCAGACUAAUGAGCCUUUUGCGGCCUCUCAUACAGGCUGUCCGCCACAACACUUUAGGAUGAUCACCAUGAAAAACUGUACCCCCUGGCUCCAGUGUUCACAGGUGAACUCAGAGGUCCGCAGGCUGAAGCUGAUCGGCCAGGGAGUCGUUAAGAAGGUGUAUCUGGCUGAAUGGAGAGGUCAGAAGGUGGCCGUGUCCAUGCUCUCCUCUCCGGUGUACCUGGAGGACUUUCUCCAUGGACUGUCCAUGUUGCAGGCCUUGCAGGCCCCCCAUGUGGUUCAGCUGGUUGGCUUUUGCCUUGAAGACCAUCUCCUGGUUACAGAGCACCACCCGCUCGGCUCGCUGCUCAACUUGGAAGGCGUUCUUGCAAAAGAGCAGCAUCAGAAACACGACACAUGGCAGGUGCGACUGAGGCUGGCUAUCGACUACGUUUCCAUCCUCCACUACCUCCACAACAGCCCAGCUGGGCGGCGAGUUAUGUGCGACUCCAACAGCCUGGAGAAAACUUUGUCCCAGUUUCUGCUGACGAGUGACUUCCACCUGGUAGUGAAUGAUCUGGAUGCGCUGCCUGAAGUGGACGUAGCGAGAGGCCUGGUGGUGAAAUGUGGCCACCGGGAACUCACUGGAGACUUUGUGGCCCCAGAGCAGCUGUGGCCUUUCAAGGAAAGGUUUGUAGACGACCUCAUGCCUGGGUAUGAUGAGAAGACGGACGUGUGGAAGAUCCCCGAUGUGACAUGGUUUUUGAUGGGAAGGGUGGCUGGAGGAGAUUUAGUUCACUUCCAUCUCUUUGAGAUCCACAAACAGUGUAAGAAGCCAGAGCCAGAGCUGCGGCCUUCAGCUCAGGACGUGUUAAAGGUGUACAGAUCUGUUUACAGCAGCAUGGUGCGAGACAGCGCUGGCUUUAGAGACAUGCUGUAGAAUCCAGCACUAUGAACGAUCAAUAGAGUCAAUUUCACUGUAGGUUGAGAAGGAUUUCUGUUACCUGCUGUUUUCUACUGUUCAUCCUGCUCAUGAAGCAUGAUUUUCCCAUCAUAAUAGCUGCAGACAGCAGAGGUCGCCUCACUACAGUGUGACGUGUGCACACCUUUUGUUCUGCUGGUGUCUAUUCUGUCCUGUAUUGCUCAUUGUGACAUUUGCAUUGAUUGAAUUUGAAUGUAAUUGGACCAUGAAUGAUGCCGUUGAUAUGGAAAUAAAUAGGGAAGCGACGCCUGCUACAAAGGUUAAUGUUUUAGUUUUUUAUGUUUAGUUUAAUUCAAUUUCAUCAGGGCUGUAAUUCCCACACAAGUUCUUAGUGUGGUUCUAGAGGAACCCUUGCACUAUAGUAAAAUGUGCUACUUAUGA